GCAAAAGGAAAGGGGGAUGGAAUUUGGAAUAAAGAAAAGAUGGGUGAAGCGGUGAAGAUAGCAAUUAGGAAGGCGCUGAGAUUCCCAUCCCAAAGUGAGUCAGAUAGCCACACCCUAAGCAUUAAUAAUGUGAGAGCAGAAUAGUAUUUGCCAGAAUGGAGAACGAGAUGCAACAGCUGCUUAGCAUGGGCUUCCCCAACGAGCUAGCCGCCCAAGCCUUGGCUGCCACCGGCGGCAGAUCCACCGUCAAAGCCACCGAAUGGAUCCUAACUCACAAAUCGAACCCUUCAGCUUCCCCACCGCCGGCGCCCACGCAACCUAAGAUCGAACGGUUUUUCCACUCGCACUCGAAGCAAGAAGGGCAAGCAAUUGAUGUUGAGCAACAGCAACACGACGAGGCAUCCCCACUCUCAAAACGCCAAAGAACACUACCCUCCUCAAAUCCCAAUCCUAAUCCUAAUCCUAAUCCUCAAUCUUCCUUCUUCUUCAACCCUCUUCGCCCUUCCAAGAAGAACGCCCACGAGCCCUUAUACGAGCGCCUCCGCCCCAGAACCCUCGACGACGUCCUUGGUCAGGACCAUCUCCUCUCCCCCACUUCCCUCCUUCGCUCCGCCAUCCACCGCAACCGUCUCCCUUCCAUCCUCCUCUGGGGUCCCCCCGGCACCGGCAAGACCACCAUCGCCAGAGCAAUCGUCAACUCCUUUCCCCAUCAACAAUGCCCUUGUUAUCGCUUUGUCUCCUUAUCCGCUGUCACGAGCGGCGUCAAAGAUGUCCGGGACGCCGUGGACGAGGCCAGAAAGCUGAGAGUGAAGAGCAACCAGAGAACCGUUCUGUUCGUGGAUGAGGUUCACAGAUUUAACAAGUCCCAGCAGGACUCUUUCUUGCCCGUCAUUGAAGAUGGCAGCAUUGUCUUCGUCGGAGCCACCACCGAGAACCCUUCGUUCCACUUGAUCACCCCUCUCUUGUCUCGCUGCAGGGUCCUUACCCUUAACCCUCUCAAGCCCCACCAUGUUGCCUUGCUUCUCAGAAGGGCUGUCAAUGACUCCGACAAAGGGUUGACUCACAGCGCUGGUUGUCAGGUUGAUGUGAGCCAGGAUGUUCUGGAUUUCAUAGGAAACAACUGUGAUGGGGAUGCUCGUGUCGCCCUGAAUGCUCUCGAGAUAGCUGCUGUUACUGCUGCUGCAAGGCUCCAACAACCUGCUAACCAAUCCAAAGAGGAGCAACAGAAGGCUGCUGCUGUUGCUGUUACACUCGAUGACGCAAAGGAGGCACUUCAGUGCAAGCAUCUUGCUUAUGAUAAAGCUGGGGAAGAGCACUAUAAUCUGAUCAGCGCGCUCCACAAAUCCAUGAGGGGGAGUGAUGCCAAUGCAGGGAUUUAUUGGUUGGCAAGAAUGUUGGAAGGAGGGGAAGAGCCUCUCUACAUUGCGCGCAGGCUCAUAAGGUUUGCAAGUGAGGAUGUUGGUUUGGCUGAUCCCUCAGCUCUCAAUCAGGCUGUUUCUUGCUAUCAGGCCUGCCACUUCCUGGGAAUGCCAGAAUGCAAUGUCAUUCUUGCGCAGUGUGUCGCCUACUUGGCAUUGGCUCCCAAAUCCGUCUCUGUUUACAGAGCAAUAGGAGCUGCUCAGAAGGUGGUGAGGGAAUCUGUUGGGCAGAAUGAAGGGGUGCCCCUUCAUCUCAGGAAUGCUCCAACCAAACUAAUGAAGGACAUUGGAUAUGGCAAGGGAUACAUAUACCCUCCAGACAACCCUUCAGCAACACAGAGCUAUUUGCCGCCCUCACUCGCAGGCUACAAGUUCCUUGAUUGGCCUACCAGGACUGCUUCUCAUGAUGAAGCAAAUCCUCCAUCCACAUCUGGGUCUGGCAGUAUAUAGUGUUCGAGGGACUCCCUUCUUUUUGGUAUAUAAAUGUGCUACCCACUUUUUUGUUUAUUGACAUUACUAAGAAACAUGUCAACGGCAGCAAUGCCAAAUUAGAAUGUGCAUCUACUUGUUCUGGGACCUAUAUAGAAAAUCCUCAUUUUAAUGAA